AGUGAAGACAGAAUGGGGAGCUUUCAACAACUGAAACAACUGACCCGUGGUAAUGCUCUGUUCCUCAUCAUCAUACUGGGAAUUGGAGGAACCUUUCAAAAUGGCUACCACAUCACCGGAUUGAGUUCUCCCUCACCGUACAUUCAGCGCUUCAUCAACAGCAGCUGGUACGACAGAUAUGAAGAGCCUCCGCCUCCACAGACGGUCACCAUGAUCUGGUCCCUCAUCGUCUCCAUGUAUGCUGUCGGGGGUCUCUUUGGUGCCGUCAGUGUCAAACUGUUCUCUGGCAGGUUUGGAAGAAAAAAAGCGAUGAUCAGCAACAGCAUUAUUUCCAUUGCUGCAGCGGGGGUCAUGCUGGCAAGCAAACAGGCUAAAUCAUAUGAAAUGAUCAUAGUGGCAAGGAUCCUGUAUGGCUUCUCUGCAGGUUUGGGAUGCAGCACCCAUGUAAUGUACCUGGGAGAGAUUGCUCUCAUAAAGAUAAGAGGGGCAGUGACUCUAACAUCAGCCACUUUUUUCUCUCUUGGUAAACUGUUUGGACAGUUUUUUGGAUUGAGUGAGAUCCUAGGUCGCGAGGACCUGUGGAACGUCGUCCUCUGUGUCCCUGCGUUCUUCUCACUGGUUCAGGUUUUGGUGUUGCCUUUUCUCCCGGAAGCUCCUAGAUACUUAUUCAUAGAGAAAGGCGAUGAAAAGGCAUGCAAAAAAGCUCUCCAGAGUCUGUGGGGUCAGGGUGACUACGAACAAGAGAUGGACGAGAUGUUAGCGGAGCAGGCGGCCAUCAAUGCAGCGCCACCAAAGACCCCUCUGCAACUGCUGAGGGACAGGACUGUCCGAUGGCAGCUUCUCACCAUGUCCAUCAUCUACUGGUCCAACCAGCUGUCGGGCAUGUCCACGAUCAGUACUUUCUCUUUUGACAUCUUCCUGAAGGCAGGCCUACCGAGAGACCAAAUCCGCUACGUAACUCUUUGUCUCGGAGUGUUUGAAAUCAUCACCUCCAUCUCCUGUGGCCUGUUGAUGAUUGAGCACAUUGGGAGGAGGCCGUUGUUCUGGGGCGGUUAUGGUGUCAUGGGUGCCAGCUUGGUGUUUGUCACUGUAACGCUCAACCUGAAGGAUUCCAGCGAGCGGGUUCCAUACAUCACGGCUAGUUUGAUCAUCCUCUUCAUCAUCUUCUAUUGCGGAGGACCUGGGGGAACCACAGGUACUCUCCACACUGAGCUCUUCAUCCAGAGCGACCGGAUGGCAGCUUUUGUCCUCAUUGGGUCCCAACGCUGGUUUUUCUUCGCUUUGCUGGGACUUGUCUUUCCAUUCCUUAUUGACGCCCUGGACUCGUACUGCUUCGUGCUGUUCGCCUGCAUGUGCCUGCUGGCUUCUCUCUACACCUUCUUCCUCCUGCCGGAGACUAAAGGGAAGACCCUGCUGGAGAUCUCAGAAGAGUUUCAAUCCAUCACCGUCUGCGGGAAAUCCUUCUCAGAUGAAAUAAAGGCAGCGACCAGGCUAUGA